AUCGAUAACUGGUUCCUUUGUUUCGAUUUCAAUUAGUUACCUUGUUUGAUUUUGAAUUUUUUUAACGUGUUUUUAACGGUCGUCUUUUCGCGAGAUGUCGUACGUCGAAGACGUGGUCAGGAUCGACGACGAGGAUUCCGACUCGGAUGUCGAAGUUAUUUUCGAGAAGUGUUUCUCGGAUGAGAAGCGGUCCGGAUGCAGCGGAAGCCGAGAAUGUGACAAAGGUCUCGCCGUGCCUGUCGUCCACGUACUUUGCGAUUGCUGCGACAGCAAUGAGAACGAAGCAAUUUCCGAACCGGCGAAGAGUCUGAAGCACCUUCCGGAGGUCGUGGUCAUCGAGGACUCAGACGACGAAGGGGUCGCCGGCUCCUUGAGUCCCAGAGGCGAACAGCUCUCUUUUGCAAUCGAUGACAUCUGUAAAACUGUUUUCGACCGACUUGAUUCGAACGGUCGAACUAAAACGGCCGAAGGGUGGAUCAGAAGAUCUUCUGCAAUUUUGAACGACAUCAAAGCACUUCAGAAGGACGUGCGUGAUAUCGAUGUCGGCCUUGCAGCGGCGAUGCAGUCGCUUUACGAAGCAUACCGUCCUGCUACAGUCCAACUGACCCCCGUUGAAAUAGUCGACGUUCCAUGCAGUUCAUCAUCCCAUGCACGAACGCCCUUAACUUCCAGUUUGCAUAAAACGCCUAAAAUUGGUGAUAGAUUUUUAUUUGAAGAAGAUAACCUCCAUUCCGAUCCCGAGUGGGUACCAGGUACCAUCGUCCAGGUAGUAAAUACAGCAGUCGGAAAUUCAUUCGAGGAAAGGUAUAUAGUACAAGCUGAAAACAAACAUCAAAAUCGAACUAUAGUUGAUAGGACCCGACUUGCUUAUUGUGAUGGGUUUGACCUGAGUCUGUUUGUCGGUUCUCGUAUUGUUGCCAUUCAUACGAAAAGUAUUACAAACGUCUAUCAAUCUGGUAUGGUGGCUGAACUUCCGUCACAAAUGAAUAAAUCUAGAUACUUGGUUUUUUACAAUUGUGGAUCAAGCUUGUACGUUAUGCCGCACGACGUUCAUAAAGUGCUCGAAUGCAAUAAACAGCCACAUGAAUAUUUUAAUAAAUCCGGUCAGAAAUUCAUCAAAAUGUACCUUUCCUCAUUCCCUGAAAGGUGCAUGCUCGAGGUAAAACAUCAGGAGGUGGUUAAGACGAGUUUUAAAGGAGCCUGGUGCAAUGCAAGAGUGAUUGAUGUUGACGCGUCACUUGUUAAUGUCCUUUUUGUUGACUACGGUUGCUCAGAGUGGUUGUACAGGGGAUCAACAAGGUUUUUUCGCAUUCUUGAGAAGAAAACUCAAGAACGGUGUGAUUGGACCAUCAGACACCGUGGUAUAACAUCGAAACCCAAUAAUAGAUCUUGCGUACAGCAUGAAAUAUUAGAAGAAGAAGUAUAUGAUUCGGCUAGCACCAGCAACUCUUCUGUUAACAAGAUGGAAAAGUCUAAUUCUAACACUUUUGCAAGAAAGAGAAAUUGUAAACGGAGACAAAAUCUUGUACGAGAACAAAGCACACAGCGAUUUAUUAUGACAUUUGAUUCUGGAAGGGUUGUGAAAAAAUAUCCUCAGGGUGUUCUCUAUCCAAAAAUUUACUCACCACACACAUGCUCUCAAAAUUGCGUAAACUGGCUUUCGAGCAAAAAGGAGGAAGAAAAUACGAUGAAUCCUUUAGCCAUACCUUCUGUAUUUGCAUUCAAGAGGAAAGUCGAAGGAGUGAGAGUCACUUAUACGUCCCCUUGUGGGAAGAGGUUAUACAAUUAUGAAGAGAUAUUGUCAUACAUAUCUGAUACAGAAUUACUGUUAAGUGUAGACUUAUUCGACUUUGACCCAAAAAUAUCAAUAUUUAAUGAAUUGGUCGUUCCCCCUGAAUGUAUUCUUAUUGAAGAUGUGUCACGAGGUGGUGAAAUUGUUCCAAUCCCUUGUAUUAACAUCUAUGAUUAUACUAUACCAGAUCUGAUGGAAUAUAUAACAGAACGUAGAAGUCUUGAAGGGGCCAUACUCAAUGUCAAUCCUGAAUUUUUAGUUGGAUGCGACUGCACUGACAAUUGUAGUGAUAAAUCCAUAUGUGCUUGUUGGCAACAGACUAUAAAGCAGGCGAGGGAAUUCGACUUUACUAUAGAUCCGGAUAAAAUCGGCUACAAAUAUAAAAAAUUACCAGAGAUGUUACUGACCGGAAUUUAUGAAUGUAACAGUACUUGCAAAUGCAAAAACACAUGCUUGAACAGAGUAGUGCAGCACCCACUACGACUCCGGUUACAAUUGUUUCUGACCAAAAAAAAAGGUUGGGGAACAAGAUGUGUAAAUGAUGUAGCAGCAGGAACAUUUAUCUGUCUCUAUAUUGGAAACAUACUUAAUGAACAACUGGCCAAUAAAACAGGAAAAGCUUACGGUGAUGAAUAUUUUGCCGAAUUAGAUUAUAUCGAUGUACUAGAAAACCAUAAGAAUAAUUUUGAAGAGUUUCCUCCAGAACUGGAAGAGGAGUUCAAACGACGUGAUCGCGACCCAAAACAACUCGGGGUGAGAAGGGAAGGUGACUGCGACCAGUCUAGAUUUAGCGUAGACUGCAACCAGAAUAAUGCAGAAAAGUUUCCUUCGGUUAGGUCAUACUACGGUCCGAACGAAUCGGUUUAUAUAAUGGACAGCAAAAACGCAGGCAACAUUGGACGUUUCUUGAACCACUCGUGCGAUCCUAACACUUUCGUUCAGAAUGUUUUUGUCGACACUCACGAUCUUAGAUUCCCUUGGGUGGCUUUUUUUGCGCUCAAGCACAUACCUGCCGGUACUGAGCUUACUUGGCAUUAUGGCUACGACGUUGGCAGCGUUCCUGGGAAAAAGAUCUACUGUUUUUGUGAAGCUCCAAAUUGCAGGAAAAGGCUACUAUGAACAUAUAAAUACCAAAUGUUUAUCUGCUGUUGAAUUAAUAGCAACAUCCUAUAAAUAUAGUUCUAGUAUAGAUGCCUUUUACAUUAAACAUAUUUUGUAUUUUAUGUGCCAAUUGUAU